AUGGCUGAACCACCUUCAUUAGAGGAAAUAUUGGCUAGGAAGAAACAGGAAGAAGAAGAGAAUGCAAAGCCCAAAUUUUUAACCAAAGAAGAGCGAGCUGCUCUGGCUCUGCAAAGACGUCAAGAACAAGUUGACAAACUAAAAAAUGAACAGAAGCGAUUAGAUGAUGCGAGAAAACAGUUUAUGCAAGAAGCCAAGAAAGCACAAGAGCGUCCUGAACGACCAGAACGCGGUGGUGGACGAGAAAGAGGAGACAGGGAUCGAGAUCGUGAUAGGGAUCGAGGAGACCGUGAUAGAUACCGAGACAGAGAUCGGGGACGGGACAGAGACGGACAUCGAGACCGUGAUAGACGUGAACGAAGUCGAUCUAGAGAUCGGGAUAGAGACCGUCGAGAUCGUAGUCGGAGUAAAGACCGAAGGGAAGACAGACGGAAUGGAGACAAAGAUAAAGCACAAGAUGAUGAAGUGUUCGAUCCCGAUAAGUUGAAGAGUGCUGUUGGAGCUCGAUAUCUUGGAAUUCAAAAGGAGAAGAAGAAGCGUGGCAGGAGACUACAUGAAAGGAAGUUUGUAUUUGAUUGGGAUGCUGGAGAGGACACGACAUCACAAGAUUACAACAGAUUAUACACUCAGCGACACGAGAUCCAAUUUUAUGGACGUGGUUCAAUAGCUGGCAUGGAUGUUAAUGCUCAGAAGAAAGAAAAGAGCGAAUUCUAUCACUCCCUCAUGGAGAGGAGACGAACAGACGAGGAGAAGGCUGUUGAAAGCGUCAGAUUGACAAAAGAGGGAGUGAAAGAUAGUGCUCGUGCUCAUGAUGAUCGUCAUUGGAAAAAAAAAGAGUUGUCUGAAAUGUCCGAACGAGAUUGGCGUAUUUUCCGAGAAGAUUUCAAUAUUACAGUCAAGGGAGGUAAAGUUCCUAAGCCUAUGAGAUCUUGGACGGAAAUAGUAUUGCCGGAUGCUGUUUAUCAAGCUAUCUUGAAGGUAGGAUAUAAAGAACCUACUCCCAUUCAACGUCAAGCAAUCCCCAUUGGUCUACAAAACAGAGACAUCAUCGGAGUUGCCGAAACUGGUUCCGGUAAGACAGCAGCUUUUCUUAUUCCUCUACUGGUGUGGAUCACAAGUUUACCAAAGAUGGAAAGACGAGAGCAUUUCGAGCGAGGACCGUAUGCUAUCAUUCUAGCGCCCACUCGUGAAUUGGCUCAGCAGAUUGAAGAGGAGACGAACAAGUUUGGUUCUAUCUUAGGGGUCAAAACAGUUUCUGUCAUUGGAGGAGCUUCACGCGAAGAGCAAGGAAUGAAACUUCGUCUUGGAGUCGAGGUGGUUAUUGCAACACCUGGUCGUCUCCUCGAUGUGCUGGAGAAUAGAUAUUUACUUCUUGAGCAAUGCACCUAUGUCAUUCUUGACGAAGCUGAUCGUAUGCUUGACAUGGGUUUCGAACCGGAUGUCAAGAAAAUUCUGGAGUAUAUACCUCUGACUAAUUUGAAGCCUGAUACGGAUGAAAGUGAAAACCAAGAAUCAUUAAUGAGCAAUUUCCUGACGAAGCAGAAAUAUCGUCAA